AGCAUUUUUGUAACUCUACGCAUUUUUUACUAUUCUUAUUGCUAUUAUUGUUAUUUCCAUGCGCAACGUGGCUCUUUAUAUUGCGCAUACGCCCAGGAGGCACAAUGGUGCUGGCAUGUGCAUGAGACUUGGCUUAAUUAAAAUAGCUUUGAUAUGGUACAAUGAACAAAUUUUCUAUGGCAACUUGUUAGCCAAGCAGCAAGUAAUCACGAUAAAGGCAAUAGCUUUAACCGGAGUAGAAGCAGCAGCAGCAGCAGCAGCAGCAGCAGAAGCUGGAGCAGGAGCUGAAGCUGAAGCCAUCGGAAACGUGACUAAAUCAGGUUUGCCAAUAAGACACGCAAGCAGCGUCAAGGAUGGCAGUGCCGGCAGCCAGAUCGCUGGAUGCGUAUGGCCGGCAAAGAUGAAGGAAUAAAUAUAAUCUACGACGCUCCAGGCGGCAUUGAACUGUGAAAUGACUUCAUUAGUAAAAAUAUUGUAUGUAGUGCUCCUCACAUUAAAGAUGCCAUG